AGCAAGGGGAAGCACACGAUAUGGCUCUCUGGACGCCUUACACGGAAGAAGCACUCGACUUGACCAAACAGAACAUAGAAAAAUCUCCAGAUUACCCGCACUUGGAUCAUUACUACUACGAGUCGUACGGUGCACCACAAACCGUACCUACCUCACAGAUAUCUCCAGACUCGAUCAAAAGUUGGAAUCAGGAAGAUGAAACUCUCUCAGACGACAUGGAAUAUCAAGCCUUCGAACGUGACGCGCUGCAAGCUAUGGCAGAGAGGAAUGGUGGAAGUCUCCUUGGAAACAAUCCAAGGAUGAAGAGAGUCGUUCAGAGCACCCAAGCAUCUGAUGAUAUGUACAGAAAGCAAAGAGAACGAAACAACUACGCGGCAAAACAAAGCAGAGACAGACGGAAGCUAAGGGAGGUUCGGUUGGCGUUUCAAGUGACGUUUUUGAAAAAGAAAUUGGCUGAGAUGAGGUCGCAAGUGGACAGUAGAGUAUGUGCCAGCUGUCUUCAGAGCCGUUAAUUAAGAUUUAUUAGUGAAUACUAAUGGUGCUAUUUGUAUGUUCAUAAAAGUGAGAAAAAGUAGACAUUGGAACGAAAAAGGGAUGUAAUAUGUAAGAGAGUCAGAAUAUGUUAUUUUAAAUU